AUGAUCAAUCACUCAAAUAUACUCCCGCCUCCGACUCUAACUUCUAUUCCGAUAGAACUCUACUCUUCAAUCUUUUCUUACCUUCCGCUUCAUGACCUACAUUUUCACCUUGCAAACACAUGUAAGCUCUUUCACACGCUCAUACCUCAAUAUAUUCUCUCCGCACUUCACAAAAAUCUAUCAAACCAUCCAAGUCUUGUGAAAUAUAAUUCCAAGGUGACGGUGGAAAAGAACAGAUUGUUAAUAACAUUAGUAGCAAAGAAGGAGCCUUUCGAGGUUUAUCCUUGGAGUAUAAAUAUGGCAUUGUGCAAAGAGGUAAAUAAGGUAAUAAGAAAGAUUGUUAAGGUGGUGGAGCAUAAGGAAAGAGGAAUGAAGUUGACCUGGCUCAGUUGUUGA